AUGGAAAUGAAUAUCCAAGUGGCGGUCCUCGCCAGCUUAUUUCUGCAAGUCUUUCUCAUUUUUAUUGCUCCCAUUCGGAAGAAGUAUUCAAGCUCGUGGAUCUUGACGCCCAUCUGGCUUGCUUACUUGCUUGCCGACUUGGUCGUGGACUAUGCCCUUGGACUCAUUUCCAGAGCCCAAGUCGCUGGUGGUGCUUCAGACUCCAAGGGUGAUGCAUAUGGCGACGUUUUGGCAUUUUGGGCUCCAUUUCUUCUGCUACAUCUCGGAGGACCGGACACCAUAACCGCUUUCGCACUCGAGGAUAAUGAGCUGUGGCGUAGGCACUUGCUUAAUCUGUUAUUCCAGCUAGGUGCUGCAGGCUAUGUAUUUUAUCAAUCCUUCCCCAGUAGCAAGCUAGCUGUCCCAACAGUCCUCAUGUUUAUUGGUGGAACGAUUAAAUACAUAGAGCGAACACAUGCUCUGCAUCUCGCCAGCUUCAGUAAAUUCCGGGACUCCGUGCUCCCACCCGCUGAUCCUGGGCCGAACUAUGCCAAGCUCGUGGAAGGAUACGUUACCACCAAGAUAUUGGCCAUGGUGCCGGAGUCCAAAUCCCAAUUGGUUAAUGUUGCAGAGGAAGAUGGAAAAGAUUUGGACGACAAAGAAGUGAUAAAGGAGGCGUUUUCUUACUUCAAAACCUUCAGAGGCCUCCUUGUGGAUGUCAUCUUCAGCUUCCAAGAACGCAAUGGCAGCAAGCAGUUCUUCAUGUGCAGAACCGCGAAGGAUGCUUUUCGGGUCAUUGAGGCAGAGCUCAACUUCUUUUAUGAUGUUCUUUAUACCAAGGCUGACAUUGUUCACCGUCAACUGGGGUACGCUUUCCGAGCUAUCUCAAUUGUCUUCAUUGUUUCUGCUUUAGCAAGUUUCUAUUUCCUGAGCAAGCAUGGUUUUCACGAAAAUGAUAUGCGGAUUACAUACACCUUGCUACUUGGAGCUAUUGGCCUGGAAUUUGUAGCUCUUGUUAGGCUCAUUUGCUCUGACUGGACAAUUGCAUGCAUAGCAACAUCCGAGGAACAGGGUAGAUCGGACCAAGAACAAAAAAAGGGACAUUUUAGAAGUUUAUUUAUAUAUAUGGGGAGCAACUUCAUCAAUUUCCUGCUCAAAUUCAAAUCUGAACGUUCACCAUUUGCAUUGCAUAUACUACAUGCUAGAUGGUCUAAAUCUAUCUUCCAGUACAAUUUCUUGGAAACCCAGCUGAAAAAGUGCCCAAACCGGAUUGAGAAACUCCUUGGUUUCUUAUCUCUGAAGGAAUUUGUUGAUGACUGGAAGUUCAAAAAAGUAGAACAAUUCAGUGAAAAAUUAGGGGAACUGAUUUUUGAUAAGCUGAAACGGAAGGCACGUUGGGGAAGCACAGAUGAGAUUUGUGGUUCUCGAGGUAAAUGGGCUCUGGAGCAUAAUGAUUCACGGGAUAAAUGCAAAAAAUUGCUUCGGUUCGUCUGCGAUGUUGAUUAUGGGAAGAGCCUUUUACUGUGGCACAUCGCCACCGAACUCUGUUACAACACCGAUGAAAGUGCCACCGACCCUGAUGAAAGCGCCACCGGGUGCUGUUGCAACACUGAUCAAAGUACGAACGACCCCCGUAAAACCUGUAAGGUCUUGUCAGAUUACAUGAUUUAUCUUAUGAUCAAACAACCUGGUAUGAUGUCUGGAGUGGCUGGGAUUGGCCAAAUAAGGUUUCGAGACACUUGUGCUGAGGCAGACAGGUUCUUCGAAGAAAAUAUCUUUCGAAAGAGGAAUACGAGCAAAAGGAAUGCCUGCCGAAUUCUACUUUCUGUUCCUACAGAAAAAGAUCCAGCUGUGGUAAAAGGAGACAGAAGCAAAUCUGUGCUCUUUGAUGCGUGUAUUCUCGCUAAAGAGCUGCAGAAAUUUCAGCACAAGACGUGGGAAAUCCUGAGCGAAGUUUGGGUCGAAUUGCUGGGGUACGCCGCAAUUCAUUGCCAACCGUUCAUGCAUGCUCAGCAACUUAGCAAAGGGGGAGAACUUCUCACCUUGGUUUGGUUAUUGAUGGUACAACUUGGCUUGAGCGAACAAUUUCAAAUUGAAGAUGGUCACCUUUCAGCUCGGGCGUACUGA